AUGGCCCUUCUCGCGGUAUGCGGCGGUGCUGUCGGCACUGCGUCCGCGGAAGAGAGCCUGACGAUCGUGUCAUGGGGCGGCGUUGUUUCCGAGGCGCACAGGAAAUCCUUCUGGGACCCGUUCACGGAAGAGAGCGGCAUCAAGAUCCUGGACGACUCCUUCAACGGCGAACUGAGCAACAUCCGUGCCCAGGUCGAAAGCGGCACCAUCCUUUGGGACAUCGCCGAGCCGGAAUUCGCGGAAGCGGCGCUGGGUUGCGAGGAGGGGCUUUUCGAACCGCUCGAUACCAGCAUCAUCGACGUUGACGACAUCCCGGCUGCGCAUGUCACCCGCUGUUCCGUCACGUCCCUUCUCGCCUCGACGGUGCUUGCCUACAACGCGGCCGAAUUCGAAGGCGAGGGUCCGCGAAGCUGGGUGGAUUUCUGGGAUGUCGACCGCUUUCCCGGACGUCGCGGGCUCAACUUUUCGGUCACCGACACGCUCAUCGUCGCGCUCCUCGCCGACGGUGUGGCGGUGGAUGAGGUCUAUGAGGUUCUGGAAACCAAGGACGGACAGGACCGUGCCUUCGCAAAACUCGAUGAACUGCGCGAUCACAUCAUCUGGUGGCGUUCGGGCACGGAACAGAUCCAGGGUCUCCUUUCGGGCGAGUAUGUGAUGGCUGCGGCCUGGAACGGUCGCGUGGCAAGCGCGGCGAAGACCGAGGGCGCGGAUCUCGCCAUGGCCUGGGAAGCCGGUCAUAUCUUGACCGGAAACCAGUGGGUGGUCCUCAAGGGGAGCAAGCACAAGGCGGCCGCGAUGGGCUUCCUGGCUUUCGCGCUGCGUCCCGAACAACAGGCCGAUUUCAUGAACGGCAUCGACUACGGCGUCAUCAGCCGCAAGGCACAUGAACUGAUCUCGCCGGAACGGCUCGCGAUCAUGCCGGGAAACCCCGCUCUUGAAGACGAUGCGGUGCCGCCGAACGCGAAUUUCUGGCUCAACAACUUCGACACGCUCAACGAGCGGUUCCUCGCCUGGGCCUCGAGAUGA